AUGUUGUCAAGAUUACCAACAACUUCGUUAUUGGGACGAACGAUCUUCCAAUUGAUCAAUAGUGGCUCGUGUCAAUACAGCACAAACACAUCGACUGCGACAAAGACUACAACUACAGCAUCAGCCACAGCUACAGCUACAUCCACAGCGAAAAAGGAGUAUGCAGGCAGACUUGCAUCCACACAUGCAUACAGCUCAUUGGAAACACCUGUAUCAAAGUUGUACAAGGGUGAUGUGCUCCUCGAAGGAAUUAAACAUGAUGGAACAUCAUUAAGAUGGUAUAAACAUGUUGGAUAUAGCUAUGAUGCAGAGAAGGGUGGUUACCUACCCUUGUUGGAUAACAGAGCAAUGAAGACACCGAUGGGCACUCAAUUCGUUGUGCCAAACAGAGAGCUGGCCAUUGCAAUCGCUGCAGAGUGGUGGUGUCAAGAGAAGUACAUCAAGCCGUCAAGACUGCCACUGACAGCAACAGCCGCAACAUGUCUUGAUCUCAAUGCCAAGGAGAGAGAAAAGUCAAUUAACGAGUUGAUUGGACAUCUUGCCACGGACCCAGUGUGCAACAGAGACCCUGAAGAGUCCAAGUUGAAGACUCUUCAGAAUGAAUCAUACGACAACAUCUUGAGCUGGGCAUCAGAGUACUAUGGCAUCCCCUUCUAUCUCUCCUUUGGUCUAGACAUCUCCAAGCAUCCACCUGCACUCCUCAAGAUAAUCAAGGAACAUUUGGCAUCGUUGAGCAAUUGGCAACUACUAUGUCUGCAGUUGAUUACAUCAAGCACCAAGUCAUUCUUGGUAACAUUGGCAUUGUAUUAUGGUCAUGUUCGUCUGGACAACUUAUACAAGGUCGUUGCAUUGGAGGAGGAGUAUCAAUCGGACAUCUGGGGUAAGAUCCCAUUCGGUCAUGAUCUGGCCGAGAUGGAGACAUGCAAUGAGAUCGCUCCAGCACUCUUUGUUCUUCGAUCGAUCCCACCCAUCCCUUUGCCCAAGAGUGCGUCGACCACCUCAGCAGCCAAGGCCCCCAAGGCCGCACCAAAGUCGGUUACUUCAACCCCAAAGAAGUAA